AUUGCUGGAGAAAGGGGGGUGGCCGAGUUUAUAGCGAGGAGGCAGAACGCGGGAGUGGGGACUCGAAGCCUCACUCUCGCCUUUGGAGCCAAGGAGAAGCCCGCGGCAGGAAGCCCGGCAGGCGGCGGAGGCAGCGGCAGCCGCCUUGAGCUUGGCGAAGAGGCGAGCGCAGACGAGGAAGGGGAGAAAGCCCCACCGACAAGGCUGCGGCUCUGGGGGGGUUGCGUGCGAGCACGCGCGCGCGCCUGCCUGCCUGCCUGCCUGCCUUCCUCCCUCCCUCGGUGCGCCUUCGCCUGCCUUUCCCUCUUCUUCGCCGUCAGCAUCCUCUCCUCCUCCUCGUCUUCGUCGCGGGCGCUGGGAGCCCGCCGGAGCCUUCUCUGUGCCUCCGCUGGGAGGCUUUGGACGCCAGGAGGAGCCCAGCUUUUCCUGGUGAGAGAGGCGAGCGAGCCGGGGCCAGCAGCGGCGCGGAGGGCGAUGGAGCCCCGCGGAUGCGCCGGGCGGGACCUGCUGCGUCUUCUUCUCCAGGUGGAUUUAUAGAGGGAGCGAAGGAAGCGCCGGCGAGGAAAUCGGGCUUCCUGCCUUGCCUUUUGGUUGCCUUCGGUCCGCUCCCUGUUGCGGGUGGCAGCGACGGGGCGGCAGCUGGAGCGCGGCGGCAGGACUAAGCGACGGGCAGCUCUCGUUUUCUUUGUCGUCGACUCGGGGCGGGUAGCGGCGGCGGCGAGGGGUGCCUCUCUCGCGCUCGCCUCCUUCCAGCUUGGGAUUGCAGCUCCAUGCCGGUGGCCGUGCGCAGGACCCACUGAAGCCGGGAGGGCGACUUGGUUGGCUGCCCGGGAUCUGCCUCGGGUUGUGGCUCCUCUUGGUGGGGCGUUGUGGACCUCUUCUUCCCGCUUCUUGGCGCCGCGGAGUUGGCGAGCCUUUGGGGCAGGACCUGUCGGCGGCGCCCCCGACCAUGGUAGCGAGCCGGGGUGUAUCCCCGCUCGGGAGGUGCUGCUGGGGGAUCUGGGUGCUUUUGUGCCGGACAGCGCUGGCCAACUCUCUGGUGCUGGAUCCCAUCUACUGGAACUCCUCCAACUCCAAAUUCCUUCCUGGACAAGGACUGGUACUAUACCCAAAGAUAGGAGACAAACUGGAUAUUAUAUGCCCAAAGGUGGAAUCUAAAACUCUUGGCCAGUAUGAGUAUUAUAAGGUCUACAUGGUUGAUAAAGACCAAGCAGAUAGCUGCACUAUUAAAAAGGACAACACACCUCUACUCAACUGUGCCAAGCCUGAUCAAGAUGUUAAGUUUACCAUCAAGUUUCAAGAAUUCAGCCCUAACCUUUGGGGCCUUGAAUUUCAGAGAAACAAGGAUUAUUACAUCAUAUCAACAUCCAAUGGAUCACUGGAAGGUGUCGAUAACCAGGAGGGAGGGGUGUGCCAGACAAAAGCCAUGAAGAUCCUAAUGAAAGUUGGGCAAGUUCCCAAUUCUGGUGGGUCCCCAAAUAAUGCUGAUCCAACUAAACGCCCGGAACAGGAAGCUGGUACCAACGGGAAAAGCUCCACAACAAGUCCCUUUGUAAAGGAUCACUCAGGUUCCAACACAGAUGGAAGCAAGGCUGGACAUUCCAGUAUCCUUGGUUCAGAGGUGGCCUUAUUUGCAGGGAUAGCUUCAGGGUGCAUCAUCUUUCUUAUCAUCAUCAUCACUCUGGUGGUUCUGUUGUUGAAGUAUCGAAGGAGACACAGAAAGCAUUCGCCGCAGCACACGACAACUCUGUCACUUAGUACGUUAGCCACCCCAAAACGCAGUGGGAACAACAAUGGGUCUGAACCCAGUGACAUUAUCAUUCCUCUGAGGACUGCAGAUAGUGUCUUUUGCCCUCACUAUGAAAAAGUCAGUGGUGACUAUGGACAUCCCGUGUACAUAGUUCAAGAGAUGCCCCCUCAGAGUCCAGCAAACAUUUAUUACAAGGUCUGAUGAACACUUAGCGUGGUACCUUUUGACACUCUCUCUCCCUCUGUCCAAAUGUUAUCCAUGACACAAAGGGUGGGGGUUGUUAUGAGCCCCUGUUCUGGUUCCUGGACCAGAUGCAGCGGAGGGAACAGAAAGCCCCACCCUGUUACAGAGAGCCUCUUUGAGAUGGACAGCUCCUCUAGUCUGUAGAAUUCCUGUCUUGGUGAACAAGCAUUUGCCUGGAAGCUGGAAGAAUUUACAUAGAAGAUACCUGUACCAAUUGCUGUACAUUCAUCAUCCUCUAAGCCAUGUGCUGCAGGCAUUCAGGCACGUACAAAAAGCCCAGGAAGAUGGAGCAAUUCAUGGAUACUAAUUGUUUUAGGCAUUCUGGGAAGAAGUCUUAAGUCAUCAUGUUUGAAAUUGCAGCCCUGUGACUUUGUGUGUGCUUCUCUCUUAGUGCUUAUGGAUUUGUCUUACAGACCUCGGCUUUUAAGUAAGACUUUUAAUAAUAAUUUUCUUCUUUUUAGUCAGUCCCUGAUGCAUUUUAUUUCAGUUGGGUAGCAUUCUGGCAUUCUUUACAUGAGAAUUCUUUCACUCCACAUCUGACAUCACUGAGAACAUUUAAUGUUUUUUGCCAUUCCGUUACUCCAUCUGUUUGUGAUAUCAGCCUCAUUUGAAUGGAUCAUUUUUGGAAGAAACUGGGCUUGCUAAUAAAGGAAUCUUCCAGCUGAAACCUAGCUUUGUCAGCAGAGUUGAGAGCAGAAUAUGAGGUGGUGUGUUGGGGGAGGGCUGAUAGAAUGCUACUGCCUCUGGAAUAUCAACUGGACAGAGCCAGACUAUUUAGGUAGCACAGCACUUUCAUAUUUGGAGUUCUAAGGGGUAAGUUAGGAAAGCAGUGGAUUAGGUCUGCACUUGAAGAAUGCCAAGGUUAUUCUCAAAUAGCAACAAGCGGGAGAAAAUAGUUCUCUCCCUCAAUCUAGGACAAAGAGUGCAAGUAAAUGAAUGUGCUUGGAAGACAAGACAAUAGAAGGCCAUUGGUGAUAUAUUAGGGCAGAACUGCUGUAGUACUGUACCGGCAAUAAAGAUGUACAGCUUUGAACUAGCUGUAGCAAGAUCUUGGUCUGCUUCAAAUGAUUUAAUUUUUAAAAAGCAGACUCAGCUGCUAUACAUCACAUUUUAACUAAUCACAGGGAAAAAAGUGUUUGAGAAAACAGCAACAUCUGACAUAGAAAAAUCACAAGCGUAACUAUCAAGAGGGCUAUAAUUCCAUCACUGAAAAGCAUCCACAUCUCUAAAAAUUGAUCAGGAUCCCCCACCCCGGCCUCAAUCAACCCUUGUAGCACUUUGGUUUCUGGCAGUAUGUUUAUAAGGCGGCCCUGUGGACACUGCCAUUCCUGUGGCACCGGUCUCUUUCAGAAUUAAAGCACAUAUGGUAAACUGCUUAUGGUCCAUAAAGAUGCAAUACAUUCAGACAUUAGAGAGGGGGAAAGAACAUAAGACUUAUUUAUAAUAGGUGUAUAGAACCCAAGGGAUAUAAAGUAGCAGAUUUUGUUAUGAUUACUAAUAUAUAUAUAUAAUAGAGAGAGAGAGAGAGAGAUUGCACAGAAUCUAUACCAGAAGAUGUGAAAUUCAUCUGCGGCAAUGAAAUUAAUCUUAAAUUGUCAGCAUUAAAGCAAAACAAUUGGGCAACUACCUAUUUCUGGGGGGAAAGUAGCUUCACUCCAAAAAGCAAAAAGAAAUACUGUGAGAAAAGAUAAAGCAAUGAAGCCCUCUAAAGCCGUCUUGCAUAACAGUAGACUAGGAAAUUACAAGCCCCCAAAAUAUCACAUCAUCAGUGUAACUACAUCGUAUAUUUUAACAAGAAGAUAUUCUGGUGUUUUGUUUUUGUUUUCUGUGUUGUGCUUUCCCCCCCUUGCCUUAUGAGAUGGAGUAUUUCAGCUGGUCACAAAUAGGAGAGUUUCAUUUUUAAAGUUUCUGCUUGAAGCAUGGUUGUUGUUCUCCCUCCACCCUCUAUACCCUGGGGAAAAAAAUCUACUUUUUAAUGUGCUAUGCAAAAUAGAUGUCUUUUCACAUAGUCCUGUUACCAUAGCAACACUUCACUUUCUGGACUGGAAAGAACAUGUAACUACAGCAUUUUAAGGUUCUCAAACCUCCACUGAGCACGUGCAGAAAUGUACUGUCAUAGAAAUGAUUACUCUCUGUAUUUCCUGAUCCUGAAAAUGAUGUUGGUCCAAAAAAGGAGAGACUGAGGGGAGGGGAGGAUGGAGAAGCAUGGUUCGGUGAGAAGUUACCAUGGUAACUAACUACAAUGGAGAUGUAGUUCUUUCCUAAAGCCUUCCUUUCUGUGAAUCCAUCCAUGCAAGAUUUUUCUUGUAUGUCAUUAAGAUUUUAUUUUGGGGGAGGGGGAAAUAUAGAUGGGCCUGAUUUUUUUAAAAAAUAAAAAAAAAUCAAGAGUAUGUUUAGUUGAUUGGUUACAAUCUGAUUGUGGACUAAGGUUGAGGUGGGGGCAAGAAUAUUGGAUGAACCAAUAAAGAAGAGCAACCUGCAACCAAUCGAAAAAAAGAAAAGAGCCCCAUGUAUCCAUGUUGUGUGUUGUGCAUAAUAAUGACAAUCUUACCAACUGUUCCUUUAGUUGGUGUUGGUUCAGCUUUGAAAAGUUACUGUAAAUGCCUUGCUUGUGUUACCCCUUGAUCACCUAACUUUUUGAGAUUUGCACCAUCAUGUCCAAGAGUGAAGAUGCUGUAAAUAAGUUCAGAUUUACUGUAUAUGGAUUUUGGGGUGUUACAGUAGCCUUAUUCACAUUUUUAAAAUAAAUAUAAAAUUAAAAUACACAUGGAAACGAGAAAAAACAUCUUUUCUUAACCAGAUUGUGUAUAUAGAGCAACAUUGGUUUUUUAUAAAGUCUAAGCGAGAUGUUUUGUAUAAAAUCUGACUUUUGCUAUGUAUUUAGCUACAGCUUGUUUAAAGGCAGUGUCAUUCCCCUUUGCACAGUAUCCAGGAAAAAAAAGAUAACGUAUAAAAAAGGUUGCCAAAUUGCUGCAUAUUUGUGCUGUAAUUGUGUACCAUGAAUAUUUAUUUAAGAAUUCCUUUGUCCAGUUUGUAAGUAACACAGUAUUAUGCUUGAGUUAUAAAUAUUUUUUUCUUUAAAAAAAAAAAAAAACCCCUAGACUGUCAUAGUUUUGAAAUCUGCUUUUGUUCUACAUUACAAUUAGCCCCUUCCAGAAAACAAAAUCUAUGAAAAUUCACAUUCCACAUCUGUUUCAAACUGAAUUUGUUCUUUAAAAAAAAUAAAAUAUUUUUUUCCUAUGG